AUGGGGAUCAGAUGGAUUUUCCGCCAUGAUUACAGUACCGUCAUCUACAAGAAAGUCCCUUUUUUCUUUGGUUUUCCAUUAAUCGGCAUACGAGCAACAGCAGCAGUAGUGAUAGCCAAAGCGUUCGUUCAACAACAUAGAACAGAUUUACUCGGCUAUAAAGUUCCAGAAUUCCAGCUUACUCGGACAAAAAUGAAACCUUCUACCAAAGAAUCCCAACUAAAAACAAUAUUUCUUUCUUCCUCAUUCCCUUUGAGAUCAAGUAAUUCAGACUACGAUGCCAAGAAAAUAGGAUCCUGA